AAAAUGUACAUGUCGGUCACACAGACUUGGCGUAGGCUCUCUUGGCUCUCCUUCUCAUCAGCUCCAAAAAAACUCGAGAUAUGGCACCCAAAAAGGCCAAGAGGAGGCAGCAAGGAGAAGGUGGCAGCUCCAAUGUGUUCUCCAUGUUUGAGCAGAGCCAGAUCCAGGAGUACAAGGAGGCCUUCACCAUCAUCGACCAAAACAGGGACGGCAUCAUCAGCAAGGACGAUCUGAGGGACGUGUUGGCCUCCAUGGGUCAGCUGAACGUGAAGAAUGAGGAGUUGGAUGCCAUGAUCAAGGAGGCCAGUGGUCCAAUCAACUUCACCGUCUUCCUCACUAUGUUUGGCGAAAAGCUGAAGGGUGCUGAUCCUGAGGACGUCAUUGUUAGCGCUUUCAAGGUCCUCGACCCCGAGGCCACCGGAACCAUCAAGAAGGAGUUCCUUGAGGAGCUUCUGACCACCCAGUGUGACAGGUUCAGUGCAGAGGAGAUGAAGAACCUGUGGGCCGCCUUCCCUCCAGAUGUGGCUGGCAACGUAGACUACAAGAACAUCUGCUACGUUAUCACACACGGAGAGGAGAAGGAGGAGUAAACUCCUUUCUAUCUACUAUUUAUCUACCUCUUACAUCAAUUCUCUCACACACCCCACACAAACACAUGGUUCCUUCAUUGGUUCCUUCAUCUCGAUGGCAUGCUCAGGUUACCUUCUUCGAUGAAUGUUCCUCACGCUCAUAUGACAGAUAAUAAAAGACAUUAUCUCCAUUGCUGAGAUCCUGAACUGGACGACAGGAUGGCUCUUGGAGUUGGUGGGAUCAUUUUGGUCUUUGGUGCACACUUGUUUCUUAUCCCAAAUUAAAAGAAAGAGCAGAGGAACAAGCACUUCUUGGCUGCUUCCAUCAACAGUGCUGUUGUAAAUAUGCAGAUUUUCUUUUUUUUAAUUUGACUAAAGCAACUUCAUUUUUACAGUAAAAUACAAAUUGAUCCACCUCAA